AUGGCCGGGCGCGGCGGGGUGGUGGCGGACCGCUGGGACGGCGUGGUGCCGGGGGACUGCGCGCCGUCCCCCGCGGUGCUCCGCCUCUCGCCCGACCUGCGGUGGGAGGAGGCCCACGAGCCGCUGCACGCCGGCAUCGACGCCGACCACCACGCCGUCGGGGUCGGCCCCGGGAUGGCGUUCGCCAACGCGCUGCUGCGGUCGGGCCACGCGGGGAGCCCCGUGGUGGGGCUCGUCCCCUGCGCUGUGGGGGGCACGCGGAUGGCCGAGUGGGGCAAGGGCACGGAGCUCUACGCCGAGAUGCUGCGCCGGGCCAGGGUCGCCGUCGAGACCGGGGGACGCAUCGGGGCGCUGCUGUGGUACCAGGGGGAGAGCGACACCGUCAGGUGGUCCGACGCCACCGAGUACGGGCGGCGGAUGGGCAUGCUCGUCCGCGACCUCCGCGCCGACCUCGGCAUCCCGCACCUCCUCGUCAUCCAGGUAGGGUUAGCAUCAGGCCUAGGACACUAUACUCAAGUCGUACGGGAUGCUCAGAAAGGGAUUAAACUUCGCAACGUCAGAUUCGUUGAUGCAAUGGGGUUGCCGUUGCAAGACGGCCAUCUGCAUCUAAGCACCCAAGCUCAAGUCCAGCUUGGACAUAUGUUGGCUCAAUCCUAUUUAAAUUAUGUUCUUGGUAAUGAUACCAUGAUAAUCAUUACGCUCUGGAAAGCCUGGAGGUAUGCAAUGGAAAAUAAUCUAGUUCAUGGAACUGAAUUGGGAACUGUAUCAUUGAAGUUGAGUGCUGGAUUAGAUAAGAGUGGCAUUACUUCUAGAGCGAUAUUAGCUGAGGGGACUGGAAUGGCCUGGUAA